CUGAGACUGUCCCUCGCUGACAUAAGCCGCGCGUGAACAAAAUUUUCUGAAGCGAAAGAGAAAGCAGAACGACCACGGAAGUCUCAAGUCUCAAGAAGCUACUCCAGUCAGCAGGAGAGAUGGCAGACAGCGUAGAUGACUACCUCGACUUCGCAGACCUCGAAGACAAGUACUAUGUCGCACCGGAAGAAGGACUCGACAAUAUCGUCCUGAUUGACGGCGCACCCAUCGUCCCAGAAGCAAAGAAGAGUGCCCUCCUGCGUGUCCUGGGCAAGCUAUUUGGCUCAUGUGGUACAGUCAAGGAGGACGGCAUCGUAAUGCCAUUUGAAGAGCAAGACGGCAAGAGCAUGUCCAAGGGCUUCCUUUUUGUAGAGUACGAGACACCGGAGCAGGCCGCCAACGCAGCCAAGACACUCAACGGAAAAAAGCUCGACAAGCAACACACACUGCUUGCCAACUUGCUGGAGGAGGUUGACAAAUUUGCCAAUGUCGAUGAUGAAUUUGUCGCGCCAGAGGAGACGGCGCUUGCUGAACAGGAGCACCUGCGUUCGUGGAUGGCCGACCAAGCUGGGCGUGACCAAUUGGUCAUGUUCCGCGGCGAUGAGGUGAGCAUUGUUUGGAACAAAAAGUCGGAACAACCAGAGACGGUCGUAUCGCGUAUGGGAUGGACAGAGACAUAUACCUCGUGGUCACCGCUCGGCAGCUAUCUAGCUUCCUUCCACCAGCAGGGACUACAGCUCUGGGGAGGCCCCUCGUGGAAACGUAUUGCGCGGUUCCAACACCCAAAGGUCAAGCUCAUUGACUUCUCUCCACAGGAAAACUAUCUUGUAACUUGGUCGAACGAGGGUCUUGAGCUGCCGCCACCUGGUCACCCUGCUCGCAAGACUAUUCCCUUCACGCAGGAAGACGAGGGCAAGCACGUCUUUGUUUGGGACUUGAAGAAGGGUAUCCUGCUGCGCUCGUUCGCUGCACUACCCACUGAGCCAUCACAGCCAGGACAGCCUGCUAAGAAGAUGCGAUGGCCUAUGCUCAAGUGGUCGGCUGAUGAAAAGUACGUUGCUCGAUUGACUCCCGGUCAGCAAAUUUCGGUGUAUGAAGUGCCCAGCAUGAACUUGCUUGACAAGAAAUCCAUCAAGGUGGAUGGUGUCGUUGACUUUGAGUGGUCGCCUGCGCCUGCUUCAGACAAGAAGGCCGGUGCAGAUGGCGAUUUGCUCGCUUACUGGACGCCCGAGGUCAACAACCAGCCUGCGCGUGUGUCUGUCAUGAGCAUUCCCUCCAAGGAGGUGGUCAGGACAAAGAACUUGUACAGCGUCACUGACUGCAAGAUGCACUGGCAGUCUGCAGGUGACUACCUCUGCAUCAAGGUUGACCGUCACACAAAGAGUAAAAAGGGCUCCUUCACCAACAUGGAAAUUUUCCGCAUCAACGAGAAGAAUAUUCCAGUUGAAGUCAUCGAAAUCAAGGAAACCAUUAUUGAGUUUGCUUGGGAACCUAAAGGUGCACGAUUCGCUGUGAUCCAAACCAUGGAUCCCAAUCUCGGCCAGCCCAACACGACCCUCAAGACGGUUCUUGCAUUCUAUGCCUUUGAAAGCAGCAAAGCACGCGCAGAGGCCAACUUUAAGCUCGUUCGCUCCGUCGACCGCAAAACAGUCAACACGCUUCACUGGGCACCGAAGGGUCGUUUCCUCGUUGCUGCUACCUUGGGCUCCUCCACCACAUUCGACCUUGAGUUCUGGGAUGUUGACUUUGAGGGAGACAAGAAGGAUGACGAGCGUGACUUUGCCGCCAACUUGCAGUGUUUGGCAACAGCUGAGCACUACGGUGUGACUGACUUGCAAUGGGACCCGUCUGGUCGCUAUGUGGUCACCUCGUCGAGUGUUUGGAAGCACAAGAUGGAGAAUGGCUACACCAUUUGGGACUUCAAGGGGCAGCAGAUUCGUGAGGAGCGUCUUGAUAACUUCAAGCAAAUCAUCUGGCGACCUCGUCCACCCACGUAUCUCUCGAAGCAGGAGCAAAAAGAGAUUCGCAAGAAGCUGCGCGACUACUCAAAGAUCUUUGAUGAGGAGGAUAAUUUGGAGCAAAAUACCGCAGCGAGGGAGCAACAAGAGGAGCGACGCAGGCUGUUGCAAGAGUAUCAGAGCUGGCGCGAGGGUAUCAAGCAACAGGUUGCCGAGGAGCGGAAAAAGCUGGGCAAGCCACAUUGGUCGGAGCGACUCUUGGGCCAAGAGGAGAACGAGGAGGUCGAGGAGUUGCUGGAGCAGGUUGUCAGCGAGCAUACCGAGGUUGUCUAGAUUUACACUUUACAGUCAUGCAUCUACAUUCUUAUUCUACAUGCCUCUAUUGAACUCGACGACCCGUGCGUGACCCGCUUUGGUCUGCAAGGCAGAUUCGAGCUUGGCAACAGGCAUGGUCUCGCGCUGUGGGAAUACGGCGAUGGCCAGGGGCAGUGCCACAAUACUCGUGGCGAAAAUGCUGAGCAGAUUGACUGGCAGCAUUAAACUGGGCCGUCUACUCAAGAGACGUCCUGGUCGCUGGAGUGCAAGUAAUAGUAGCGGUGGUAGAACCAUGAUGGGCGAGGCAUUCAUGACUCGCGACGCUGCUGUUUCGCCAAUAGCCACGACGGCUGCUCGACUAGACUUACCCACCAGCUCGCCCUCUGGGGUGAAGACAUCGAUGCCAUUGGUAAUUUCAGUGGACCGCAUGAGAAAGACGUUGAGGACACCAGCCGCUGCGACCGCAA